CGAGUCCGGCCGAAUUGCUGAUCACUGUAGGUACCUACAUACCUACACUGUGAACAUUGUGGCAGUGCACAAUGAACAUCCUUCCUUUGAAGUCCCCUGUGGUGGAAAGCCGCGCUUCCUAGCUGAAGUUUGCCUUCAGCUGGUCAAUCUGAAGGGGCUCACAGUCAGGCCGGGUUUCUAGGUAGCUCGGGCAGCACCCCCACCUCGUUUGAGCUUUCUCUCUACCUUCUUUCUGCAAGACUCAUUUCGGAGGAGCUGCCCAGCUUAAAACCCCUUCUAUUCACCAUCCUCUUCCAAUUACUCCCUGCGCCGAUUGACUGUUGACUUGGAUUGCCAUGAUGGCGUCAUCUACCGUCGCCCUGAGCUCCUCUCUUGGAGCAUUCGUUGGUAAUUGUUCGGUCGAGAAGGUCCACAGGAGGAGGCCUGCUGGUGCUGCGAGGGCGCAGGGGGUCAAUGGGUGCAGCCUGCGGACUCCCCUUGUAAGAAAGCAGGUGGUGGACUCUAGUGCCCGUGUUCUCAAUGCCGGCAGAGCCGCCUUUCUCCCCCCCCUCAAAACAAGAACUCCCGCAGCAAAGAGGGCUUUCAAGCCUCGUGCUGCAGUCGCCGUCGAUGAGCGCCCGGCGCCUACCAUGGCGCCCCCCCCUCCUGUAGAGGGAAUGAAGACCGUGACCGUCAAAGUCCGGACCGGAGCGGAGGCGGAUGCUGGCAUUGGCCACAAUGCUUAUUUCUACGUGGUGGGGAGCUUUUCCCACGCCCCGGACACUGGCCUUCGCUACCCAGAGGAGAGCAGCGGCUACUUUGAGCUUAAGGGCCCCUUCCGCCCUGAGACCGAGAUUGGGGGCAACUUCCAGGUUCCUGCUGGCUUCAACAUCAAGGGGGUGGUCCUGUACAACCCGCAAGACAACUCCCCCUGGGGCAAGUUCACGGGCGCGCUCGCCGACUUCCUGAACAAGGACAAUCUGACGUUUGGCGGGAACUAUCUCAACAUUGCCGUCAAGCUCUUCGGGAUGGGCUGGAUCACAACAGGGCAGUGGUACGUGAACGAUGUUUUGGUGGACGGCCACGAGUUUCCGGUGUACAGCUGGGUUCUCGACAACGAGUCCCAGAUUGCGUUCACCGGCAAGGCGCACCUGCCGCAGGACACGCCUCCCGGCCUGCGCCAUUGGCGCCGCCUCAAGCUCAUCCAGAACCAAGACAUGUACGACUACCAGCCGUACAACGACCUGAGCGUGCCCCCGGACAAUGCUGACGUCAACAGCGCCGGAUACAGACCUACCUUGGACCCUUAUCCAGCGCACCAGUGGGUGGAGCGCAGCGGCCCCAAGCUGGAGCAGGUUCCGAAGGACGAGCAGUUCCGGCUGGACAAGCGCUACGACUUCGGGCACUACACGCUCACCUCCGUCCUCACCGCGCUGCUCUCCGACCCGAUGGCCGGCUUCCUCAAGCUCGUCUCGUCGUUCGGCAUCUACCCAAAGUACGUUUACAAGUCGCUGGGCGAGUACACCAAGAAGGUGUUCGAGGGCUUCGUCCACUACAAGAAGCCGUUCGUGAGCAAGUUCAUGGACUGGUGGAGCGACAAGGCGUUCGGCUUCCAGACGGUGGCCGGCAUCAACCCCAUCCAGAUCGCCAGAGUGGGCGCCAAGGAAGACCUGCCCUCAACCAUCGACUUCGAGGAACUAGAUGCGGCGUUGAGACCCCGUUUAGCUACUGCGGGCACGACGCUUGAGGGCGCGAUGAAGGACGGCAAGCUGUUCAAGCUGGACUUCACGUUCCUGGAGGCGUUCCAGGGGGUGGUAAACGGGCACCAGCCGUGGAAGGAGCACACCACCGACAAGGGCGGCUACAAGAUCAAGGCGCUCGGAGAAGACGUCUGGGUUAAACACAUGUACUCGCAACCCCGCCACCUGCACACGCCCGCGGCGAUCUUGUUCGAGGACCCCGAUCCCGAGUAUGAGGGCAUUCCGGUUCCGGUCGCGAUCAAGCUGGAGCGCGACACGCCGCUGAUCACCGGCAAGAGCGGGCCGGACCUGCAGUCCACCGACUGGGCCUGGACGCUGGCCAAGGCCAUCGUCUUCAACGCCGAUUCCGGCACCCACCAGUUGGUGACUCACUGGCUCAAGUGCCACGCAUGCUCGGAGACUGUGCUGGUCGCCCUGCGGCGGCAGCUGUCGGAGCUGCACCCGCUGUUCAAGCUGCUGCUGCCCCACUUCCGGUACACGAUGAACAUCAAUUCCAAGGCGCGCGUGCAGCUCAUCUCCGCGCAGGGCACCGUCGAGACCAACUUUACGCCGGGGCCCUACUCCAUGCAGGUGUCCGCCUUCGGGUACCGCUUCUGGAACCUCAAGGACGAGGCCCUCCCCGUCGGGUUGAAGAAGCGCGGCGUGGAUGCCGAGUCGGGCGCGCUGCCCAACUACCCCUACAGAGACCACGGCAUGAAGAUGUGGGACGCCAUCGAGGCUUACGUCACGGAGUACGUGGAGCUGUACUACGGGCCGGAGGGCCCCGCGUCCGAGAAGCGCAUCGCCAACGACGGCGAGCUGCAGGCCUUCUGGACGGACUACAAGCGCGGCCACGGGAGUCUGGACUCGUGGCUCAAGGAAAACGGAAAGCCUGAGGGCCUGGAAUGGCCGGCGCUGACUACGACCUCGGACUUGGCGCGCAUCUGCACCACGUGGAUCUGGGUUGCCUCCUGCCAGCACUCCGCCGUCAACUUCUGCCAGUACGACUACUCGGGUUUCGUGCCUAACCAUCCGGCCAGCAUCCGCAAGCGGUACCCGUAUGGCGAGAAGGUCGACGAGUCGACCUUCAUGGACCUCAUGCCGCCGCCCUCCGAGAUGUGGAAGGUCAUGACCGUGGUCGAGACGCUGGUGAGCAAGUCGGUGGAGGAGCAGUUCAUCGGCGAGAAGCCCGACAAAUACUCCGAGUUUUGGUUCCUGGAUCCGGAAGCCAAGGCGAUCUACGACCGCUUCGGCGCGCGCCUGGAGCAAGUCCAGAAGGAACUAGAGGCGAUGAACGAAACGGCGUCGAUUCCGUACAACUACCUCCUGCCCAAGAAGGGCGCCAAGAACCCGGAUCCGGAGCUGGACCCCUUCGGCUUUGGAAUCCCCAAUAGCGUGGCGAUCUAAGUUAUGGUGGCCUGAGGUGUGGACGAAGGGGAGGAGUUGUUCUGUAACUAAGUCGGGUCCGGAGAUGCUUAUUUGAUGUAUAUUCUGACUGAUGUAUAUUCUGAGGGUCGGAGGAGAAGGGUGGAGCGGAAAGAGAGUGGUUGGAGUCUGAGAAUAAGGGCUCAGUGUUGGAAGAGUCCUUGCGAGGAACAUUCCAGUGACGCCCGGGGGGAGUUGGCCAAGCGGUGAAAAGUUGUCAGUCGUAGCAAACGUCAGGCGUGCUUUGUACAGUCUUCUAAGCUCCCCAGGAAGUUCCUAGGGGUGACAAUGAUUGCGAUAACUAGUAAGUCAAAAGAAUCUGUAGUCCUCGAGUGCUAGGGUUUUGCUCUAACAGAUGAAGAGGCGCCCAUUUGUCGUGCGGACGUUUGUCAGCGGACGCCCAGGAGCUCUGACGUGGCGGCCUCUGUUUGCUUGGUUUGUGUGCACAACUUGAAAACAAUAGCUUGUAGAUCUGAGUUCCGCUAGAGAUACUAACGUAAAUAUGGGGUGGAACAGACCUUCGCUCGUCGGCGUGUAAUUAAUGAAUAGAUAUGGACUCAUGUGUUUCUGUUAAACAGGCUCUUAGAUAGUUGGUAAGUACAUACUUAUUUACGUAAAUUUUCAAGUUUGCUACGAAAAUUUCUUUAUAGAUCGUGUGUUGUAUUCGUCAGCCGUCCGUUCACUUGAGACCUCUUUUCUUCUUUUGACGACCUUUAAGCUAGCCUAGCUAGGCCGGCCCAUUUUCACUUCAAACCACCAGAUAUCGAGCGACU